UUAUUAAAUAGAAUGUCAUAUGCAUAUCUGUUCAAGUACAUUAUCAUUGGAGACACAGGUGUUGGAAAGUCUUGUUUACUAUUACAGUUUACCGACAAGCGCUUCCAGCCUGUACAUGAUCUCACAAUAGGCGUUGAGUUUGGAGCCCGAAUGAUCAGUAUCGAUGGCAAGCAAAUUAAACUGCAAAUUUGGGACACCGCGGGACAGGAAGCUUUCCGCUCCAUCACUCGCUCCUACUACAGAGGCGCUGCUGGGGCUCUCCUUGUAUACGACAUCACCAGACGAGACACCUUCAAUCACUUGACGCAGUGGCUAGAUGACCUUAGACAACACACUAGUUCAAACAUGGUCAUCAUGCUAAUUGGCAAUAAAAGUGACCUGGAAUCUCGGAGGGACGUAAAGAAGGAAGAGGGGGAGAGUUUUGCCCGGGAACAUGGCCUGGUAUUCAUGGAGACAUCGGCCAAGACGGCCGCCAAUGUGGAGGAGGCGUUCAUCAACACGGCCAAGGAGAUCUACCAGAAGAUACAAGAGGGUGUAUUCGACAUCAACAACGAGGCCAAUGGAAUCAAAAUAGGACCGCAGCUAAAUCCUAACCCCGGAGCCAACCCAAACAGACCUCAGUCGAGCGGGUGUUGCUGAGCACAGAAAAAAAACAAAUUGGAAGAAGAACGAUAUCAGCACCACUACAACUUGCAGAACCAUUACAACUUGUUUGACAAAAAUGACCUGCGCGACGAUUUACAUCAGCGUUGCUUUUCUGAGGAAGAACUAACUGUAAAAUGAAGUCCUAUAAAUUCCAUUUAAUUUCGGCUUUCAAGUAUAAAUGUGCAGAUUCGUCCUUUUUAUGGCUAAAGUUUUAUGCUUUUACGAACUACAAUUACUAAUAUCCUCAAUGUUGCAUUUUUCCAUCUACUGGCUUGGCCUUAAAAGAGCUCUCAAACUUGAAUCUUGAUCAACAUCAAACGAACGGUUGGUUUUGGUUUCAGUUUCGUGUCGAACUUUGUUUGAUAUCUCUUAUCUCUUGUUUUCAGCAGUGUUUAUUGAUAAUUUAGUUUCAAUCAUAGUUUAAAUUUAGAUUAACACAAAAACAUCAUUAUCCUUGUUCAAUGUGAAAAAAAAAUCAUGGUUGAAAGUUAACUCUUAUUUCACAAGUUAAGACCAGACGUUUGUUUAUUUCCUUUUCCUUUAUGUGCUAGAUUGAUUACUGAAAAGCGUUGCCUACUUUAUGCAAUCAGUGUUGUAGUAAGUCGAGAGACUUGAUGAACUUCGUUUGUGUUAGACAACUAACUACGCGAAAGCAAGUCGCAAUCCAUCGCUUCAAAGUAGAUCAAAUAAUUACACUGCUUCAAUCAUCAUUUGUGACGUUAUUAAGAGUUCGUUCAGUUUGUUUAUGAGACUCAAUGUGUUUUGUUUUCACGUUAUAACAGUUGCAUGAUUACUCCAACAGACCAAUUCAGGGUCAAAAUUUGAUGCUCUAAAUUGAUGUUCGUUCAAUGCAUUGGUACGAGGGUUCCUUCGUUGUAAUACGAGAUUAGUAAUUUGAAUUGUUGUCCAUCUAAAGCUGUUGAUAAAAUUCAGGUAUCAAAUUCCGUUGUGCCUGCAUGUGUAAUAUAUGUAGCUCUAAUUGACCCAGAUUUAUAUGAAUAAAAAACAGAAUUGUUGAAUAUUAUUUUCUAGUAUUACCGUGUUAAUUAAAAUUCAUAUUACUCUUCGGUGGCAUAUAUGUAUAUGAAAGUUGAUUUUAUUUAAUUGAAUUCAUCUAUUUAAGAGUUCUG